UCACCUGGAAUCAAAAUGGCGCUGCUCAAUCAAAAAGGUUUUGAACGUAAACUUCAACAAAUGUCUUCUGCCCAAGACAGUGUGCAAACCGUGUCUCUAUGGAUCAUACACCACAAAAAAUACGCCAACGACAUCGUGAAAGUGUGGAUGGAGCAGUUAAAGAGAUGUAAUCCCGAUCGCCGGCUAAUCAUGUUAUAUUUAGCUAACGAUGUACUACAGAACAGCAGAAAGAAAGGAAAGGAGUUCUCUAAUGCGUUUAGUACAGUUCUGAAAGAGGUUAUUCCGCUACUAUGCGAGAAGAAGAUCGUUGACUCCGUGCAGCGAGUGAUGAAGAUUUGGCAGGAAAGGAAAGUAUUUGAAAAGGAUUUCCUGGAAAGCUUACAAAGGAAAUUCGAAUCUUUACAGUCAAAACCCUCGAAGAUCCCUAAACGAAGAGAGAGAAGUAAUAGUAACAGUGAGGGAACACCAGUCGAGCAGGAAAGACAUAUAUCACAUCAUCAAACUGAAAAACGAUUGCCGCCUGCAGAUUUCAAGCCACAACAAUUGAUUGAUACUCUUAAAGCCAUGAGGGAUUUCCAGGCUGAGGUGACGUUAAAAGAAUCGCACCUAAAUUCAUUGAGAAUAGAUGCCUCAGACAUGGAAGCCAUUAAACAACUAAAAGACCGAGCAACAGGAGCAAAGUUUACAUCCGAGUAUGAAGCAGCUUCAGAAAAGCUUGAAAGCUUUUGUGAGACACUAAAACAAGAAAAAGAAGAGAUAAGCAAGUUGAUACAAUUCCUUGAUGAUGGGAAGUCCUUUUAUGAUUCCGCAUUUGGUGAAGUUAAAGUCAUUGUUCAUGCAUACAAAACAUUUGGUAAUCGUCUUAACUCUCUCAAGAAAAAAGUCGACCAUAAAGUUGCUAAAAUUAUAAAUGCUGAGGCACAAAAGAAGAAAAUGGGUCCCAUCACUACUCCUCAGGCUUCUUUUCUUACUUCUGGCUUACCUGAUAUCUCGAGCACCACUCCUUCAUCAACACCACCACAUACAACAGAGGAAGGAGACAAGACAGAACAGGUGGCCGAUACAACGGUAGAUAAUACUGAGGUAGCAGACAUGGACAUUGAGGAGGACGGCGAUAGUGAAAAUGGCGAAACAAGUGAGACACCUUCAGAAGCUGCUUCUACCCCUUCUACUGAAAGUAAGACAUCAGAGGUUGUAAAAUCAGAUAACACUGUUAAGCCCCAUUUUGCCAUGACAACUGCAGCUUCACAGACACCGAGUUCGAAUACAUCUGUGGCGUUCAGUACCGAUUCAGCAAUGUCAGUCCAAGUAGCAGUACCACAACAAAUGGUAAUACCACAGCCAAAUAUGCAGUUUAUUCCUGGUCAACAUGGAAUAUCAAUGGUACCAGUUGGUAUGCAUGGUACUGGCCAGUUCAUGCAUAUGCAAUCUCAAUACCACCAGCAAAUGGUACCAUUUGGUAUGGCCAUGCAUGGUGGUAUGAGCACCUUCCCAGGAAGCAUGCAGACAGCCAUGCCAGGGCUUCUGCCUGGACAGGCUUCAUUUUCAGGGCAGAAUAUUGGUCUUAUGACAAAUUUACCUCAACAACUUCAACACAGCUUAUCUGUACCUCAGGUUUCGGUACAGGAAGUACCAGUUCAAGCCAGACCUGGACAAACAGUCAGCCAGAUCACCACCACCAUCGUAUCAUCUGCUGCACCACAGGUAUCCAAUACCACUACUCACCCAUCAACCAUGACUGAAGUAGGCAGUAGACCACUACCAACGAAUAUACCAUCAACUGAUGCAUCUGACAACACAGAUAGUAGACGAGAGAGUAUGGAUUCACCAAGCUCUGAAAUGUCAGCACCAUCACCUGUCGGUUCCCCUGAGCUGGAACUGGGAGGGGAUGAAACACCUGAGACAGCCUCUCCACAGAGAAUAUCAGACGUCAAGAUCCUGGAAUUCCCAUCUAUGUCAAGUCAGCCAGAGAGUAAUACAUCCAAAGCAGCUAAUUUACCAUCUGAGAGCAGCAGUAGUGCAUCCACAGGUUCUGUAACACCAAACCAUACUAAUGAGUCAUCAAAGCCGGUUAGUGCAGUGAAUAUUUUAGCUCAGCUGAUAAGUCGUGGAAGAAAGUUGAAGGAACAGAUACCAGACGUUGAUGCACCAUCCGAGGCCUCUACUCCUAAAGAAGAAGUGAUUGAACAACUGCCGCCACAAUCUCAACCAGAAAAACCACUUUUCUCUCUUAUUGAUUCAUUGUUCCCAAAGUUGACUGACUCUUUGAAAACUUUACGUGAGCGAGAAAAGGACAAUGAGACAUCAACAUCAACAUCUGAAGAAGGUUCGCCGAAACAGAAGAUUGAGAUCAACUCAAUGGAAGAUGAUAACGACCAUGAAACUGAUACAGGAAUGCACGGUCAAGGACGAUCUUUAGAACAAACAGAUAAGAGUAUUGAACAUAAAGGUCCUUUCAAAGGACAUUAUCAUGCUCCUACAGGACAUCCUCAAGAAGGACAAAUGAGACCCUAUGGUAUUCGUCCCCCUGAAGGACCUGUCAGACAGCCUUGGGAUAAUGUGCCAUUUAAGGGACAUCCUGGGGCACCAAGGCCGCCAUUUAGAGAGUACCCAGAACGACCACAUAUACCUCCUUCAUCACCACUCAAGGGUCCUGGUCAUAGUCCUCGUUUUCCUGGUCCUCCACUGCCAUUUGAAGGGCCGCCAGGCGGACCCUUUGGGCCAUCAUCACAGGCUGAGUUUAUGGAUUCUGAAGGAAUGAGAGAAGAAUACAGACCGGGUCCUGAGAGAAGCCCUCAUCAGUUACAUUCACCAAGAGGUGCAUUUCCAAGCAGACCAUCACCAGGUGGUCCUGGUGGAUACCCUAUGGAGAGAGGUCCUCCCCUAAACGUGCGCACAGAAGAGCCUCCAAUGAAUGGACCUCCAAGGUCCCCUAGGGGCUCGUUUGUAGGUGUAGGGCCUCCAGACAGAAGACCACCCCAUGGAAUGCCUAGAGAAGAUCAGAGGCCUCAUUUCCACUUCGAUGGCCCCCAUGGAAACCCUCGUCCUCCAGGACCACCAGAUGUCUAUGGAAGACCAGGAGGGUCCCCUCGACAUUCUCCAAUCGAUGGACCUCCACAACCCAGAUGGCGUGGACCAGAAGGCCCAAGAGGACCAUUGCCACCACCUCAAGAUGGUCGCCCUAGAGGAUUUCAGCGUUCCCAUAGUGACGGUGGACCAAUGGAAAUGGGGGAGCCCCCAUUGAAACGACCAAUGAUGGAAGAAGGCCAUCCUCAGCCUUAUCCUGAACCAGGAAGACCUGUUCGGUUUCCACAUGACGAAAGAGUUCCAAUGGACAGAAAUCGAGAAGUUUGGAGAGAGCGAGACCCAUGGGAUCCUCAUCGGGACCCCCAUUUAGGACCACGCCCAGAUAGAGGAAGACCCCCUAACGAAUUCCACGAGAGAGAGGAACAUUUACCCCCUCGAUUCAUAGAGCAAGAAAAUCCUUUCCCUCAUGAAAGAUUUCCACCUCCAAGAAGAAAUUCUUUUAAAGGAUACGACGAACAUUAUAUGGACCAGAGGCCGAGGCUACCAUUCCCUGGUCCUCGCCCUAGACCCUUCUUUUAAAAAUUCUUAUUCCAAAGUUUUUCCUUCACAUGCCUUAUGUGUUCAAGUUAUUUACCGUAUUAUCUCAAAGGAAACCUUUAAUUUUCUUUUGCUAAAGGUGGUCUUCAGUCAUUUUAAAAGAAUAAAAGAAAAAGGAUACUAGAUUUUAAAUGGAUCAAAUCCACUUGGGCGUAAGGUUUUUCCAUUUCAUACCACAUGUCAUUCUUUUGAGAAUAAGAGUCUGUUUGAGUUGUAUCUAAAUUCAUGUGUCUUCUCAUGUUCAACUGUUAAAUGAAAAAAUGAUAUUCUAGAGAAUGGCACGUGGUCUGAAAUGAGAAAACAUUACGUCCAAGUGCAUUUGGUCCAUUGCAUCGAUUAGAACAAAACUACUUUUGAGGCUUUCACGUGGGAUAGAUACCUGACAUAGUAAUAGAAGACGUAACGUUUCGUUUGCACAUGUGGCUGCCUUUAUUACAAUAAAGAACUAGAACAGAAAUGUUCUGAAAAUUAUUUUUUGGAAUGACUGAACACCAUUCACGCUGCAAGAAAGACAAGACCAUGUCUUAACGUUUUGAAAUCUGUUCUUACACUAAAUUUUUUCUCAAGUUUUGAUAAAUGCCAAUCAUUUAUUUAAAACUAUCCUUAUUCACCCGUCAGAAACUCUAGUGAGAUUUAAAUCAGUUGAACGAAAUAUAGUUUUACUAGUGCGUAAUUAAAAGGUGUCUACAAAUUUCUAACCCUUUCGCUCGAACUCUACAUCCUAUUUUAUGGACAAUGAGAUGCCUACUUUAUCACAAGAAAAUCCUUAUAUGAUUCGUCUUUACGAACUUUACAGAAGACUGCUGAACAUCACUUUGAUGUUAACCUCCCCAUGAUUCUCUGCACUACGAGGUCGUUACCAGUUUUCGUUUGAAGUUCGGAAAAACGAAUCGUUAUCGAUUGUGAUGACUGACGCUAUGGAAAUACAAGUUAUUGGUUAUUUUCCUGCACAAAAUUGUAUUGUCUCUUUUUACGUGCUUUUUAUUAAUGUAUUCUGACUGUACGAAAAAAUA